AUGGGAUAUAAGAUAUAUUCUAACUCUGACUUAGUUCAAACAGUAACAUGGGCAAACUAUGAAUGGUUCGCUUUGAGAAACUCAGUACAACCACAAGCUAGAGAACAAACAGACCAGUAUGCCACCAUUGAGAAAAUAAGAAGACUUGACCCUAACGUUCCAGGAGUUUAUGUUGACCUUUCUGGACAAACUGCAGCAGCAGUAACCAAAGUAAAACUGAAACUUAGAGUUCCUUUGUCAUCUUUCCUCAUCUUCAGGUUUUUAAGAUACUUGCCAAACUGGGCAGGAAAAAUUUCUAUCGAACUUACUCCAAGCAAAAAUAACUUAGUCAUUGCACCAACACAAGACCCAUUCACUCUUACAGAAGUAGUGGGAACAAAUAAAAUGUCAUUCGCCGACUUUUGCAAAAACAAAGUUGACUUAGACUUUGGUUUCUCAAACCUCAACACUGAAGUAAACUAUUAUUUCAAUGCUGCUGGAGAUGCUUGGGACCCAGUUAAGUUCACAUGCGAAAAGUUUGAAUGCAAGAGAAUAGAAAGCAGACUUGCAGUCUAUAUGUUGGACCCAGAUAUUUCAAAUGCUUUAGCUGCCAAAUAUAUUGCAGUUCCACUUAUGUUCCCUAUACACCAAAUAUCUGUCAAAGACUUUGCAGGUGAAGUUGGAAACCAAAGUGCUGACCCAGGUGCAAGAACAGAUAUUGCUUUAACAACUGCAAUGAAACAUGCAGAUACUAUGUUUGUACUGUUCAGACGAACUAUAAAUGACUAUUCUUGCUUCUACAACCCUGGUAUUAAAUACCAUAUAA